UGACUGGUGUUUAUUCAGUCCGGCCCGUUGAUAAAAAGCCAUUGCCCGAGAAAACCUUAUGUAUUCAGGCAGUUCAAUAAAUAUGCAGUGCGAGUGUAUUCAUUGCAUCAGUACCUAGCGGUCCUCGCGCAAGUCAGAAGUGAUUGACAUGUGGGUACAGGCAGGUGUGAUAUUGAGUGUUGUGUCCGUGGUGUGUGCAGGAUAUGUCGCACACGAUCACGGAUUUAUUGAAUCAGUCCCUUUCGUAAGUGGGGGCUAUCGAGUGAAGUCACCUGAUCUAUAUCCGUGGCACGCCGGGCUGUAUACGAAGACCACAAACCCUUACAAGCAGAUCUGCGGCGGCACCGUCGUCUCCAAGCGCGCUAUCAUAUCAGCCGCACACUGCUUCACUCUGGACCGGCACAUUCCCCCUGCGUCUCAGUAUGCUGUGGCGGCCGGCAAAGUGUACCGACCAUGGAACGACCCCCACGACACAACAGCUCAGAAAUCUGAUGUUAGAGAAAUAAAGAUCCCACCACGCUAUCAAGGUAGCGCGGCGAACUUCCAAGACGAUAUCGCAGUUGUGAUACUUACCAAGGAGUUCGUCAUACAAUUAUUCGUGACUCCGGCUUGCGUCAACUUCAAUCCUGAUUUAGAGGAGGCACAACUGAGAGAAGGAGAGUUGGGCAAGGUCGUGGGCUGGGGUCUGACGGGGGAGAACUCACCGGCAUCUCAAGUACUGCAGGGCGCCAUCCUGCCGGUCGUCUCCAUCGCCAAGUGUAUAGAGCAGAGCCCUGCAGGCUUCAGGAGCUCCAUCACCGGGGACAAGAUCUGCGCCGGAUACGACAAUGGCACGGCGGUAUGUCGCGGUGACAGCGGCGGCGGGCUGGUCUUUCACGCGAAGUGGCAGCUCCUACAGCCGGCGUUCCUGCGCGGCGUGGUGUCCACAUCCCCAACCUCGGAAAACAUGUGCAAUAUCCAUACGUGGGCCACCUUCACCGACGUGCACAAACACGAACGCUUCCUCAAGUCUGUGCUGCCCGACAUAGAAAAGUCUUGCGAGUUACCGCCUAACCACAACUUCAUCAGUACACGCUUCACUGGAGCAAACCAGCGGUCACAGAAUGAUUGCUGCUCUUGUCAAUGUAUUCAACCAUACGAAGUGGAGUAUAAAGGAAAAAUAUUUGAACUUGAUUUAUAAUGAAGCCGAAUUAUUUUGACAUAUAUGCGUUCGAACUAC